AUUAAAAAGACAAAAAUCCUAUUUCAAUAAAAAUAAUUACUUCAGUCUGUUUUGUUGAUGGCGAAACAGGUACAAAUUGAAAAAGAUUAAGCGUCCUCAUCCUGAGAUUAUAUUGAAACACUGAAAGUGUUUUUCAAAUUUCACAAUCAAAUUAAUUUUUGAAUGUUCGUCGGAUGUUUGUACUAAAGAAGUUCAAAUGUUCAAUCCAAGUAACCUGCUGAACUACCAAGAAAAUACAUUAUAACUACGAAUUUAAAACAUUAAUCAGUUCUUAAAAUGUUAGGUUAACUACGUGGAAGUAAAAGUACUUUUGACUGCUCCUUAUAUUUUUUAAACAACAAAAUGCCUUCUGCAGCAAGACGACGACGAGAUGGUCUCCUUGCAAGAGUCAAUUUCCCUCUCUAUACGGUGCAAAUGCUUACUAGUCGUCAUGUUUUGGUUGGUGGAGGAGGUGGCUCAUCCAAAACAGGUGUAGCUAAUGGUUUUGAAAUAUUCGAAUUGUCACACGACGGCAAUAAGUUUAUUGCAGAAGAAGUGAUAAGACACGAAACUGGUUCAAAUGUUGUCAUGAACUGCUGUACAUAUAGUGAUAAAAAACAUUUACAUUUAGUUGCGGGUCAAGAAAGUCACUGCCAGUUAUAUAAAGUACAAACAAAGAUUCAUAGCAAUGAAGUUAUAGAAGAAAUAGGUGAUUCUUCACAUGAAGGAUUGCGACAAAGAAAAAAGUCAACACAGAAUAAUCUUGAUUCAAAUAAAAAUGACAGAAAGUUAUCAUUUACUUUACAUCCCUUUGACAGUGUACAAACUGAUUUUUUAGAAAAAGAGCCAUUGCAACGAGUUGUAAAAAUCAACCAUACUGGAUCUCUAAUAGCAACAGGUGGUACAGAAGGGGUUGUUCGAAUAUGGCAAUUUCCCAGCUUAAAACUAUUACAUACAUUGAAGGCACACAGCCAGGAAGUAGAUGACGUAGAUUUUAGUCCUUAUGAAAAUUAUUUAGUUAGUGUUGCCAAAGAUGGUUUUGCCAUUCUCUGGGACUACAAUUUGGGUAAAGAAAUUGGUCGACUAACUUGGAAACAUUCAGAUGAUGUUAAAUAUUUGUAUAAAAGAUGCAGGUUUGGAAAAGUGGAAGAUGAAAAUGUUAGCACCUUGUUUAUGAUAACAAAUCCUCUUCACUCUUCAAAACAAAAUUCCUACUUACAGAAAUGGAUUCCAUCUCAGCAGCUUUUAACAAGAUCUGUUUCUUUUGAUGAAAGCUUAUCAGCUCUUGCUGUAAGAGAUGAUGGCAGAUUUGUAGCAGUGGGAACUAUGUUUAGUGGUUCUGUUUAUAUUUAUAUAGCUUUUAGUUUGCAGAAAGUUCUGCAUAUUCCAGGAGCACAUUCCAUGUUCAUCACAGGUUUACAGUUUCUUCCUGUUACUAUGGACUCGCAUUCAAUUAGCAGCACCUCAGAAGCAGCGGUUUUAUCAAUUUCUGUUGAUAAUCAAGUGUGUAUCCAUAGCUUACCAUAUAGAAAGACCAUUCCCCUCUGGUUUGCAUUAAUUAUUCUGUUCGUUAUGAUAAUAUUGUCCUUCAUGUUUUGUGCAUAUUUAGGAAUUUAAAUUAAAGAUACAUUAGUCUUGUUUUAUUUUAAAUAAUUGAAAUAUUAACUUUUAAUAAUAAAAAACAAAACAUAAAAAAUUAGAAUUGUAAUACAUUACUUAAAAUGGUAAUGUUGGAUUUGUGAUGACUUAUGAAGGAUGCAGUAAUAGGUCGAUUAUUUAUUUAUUGUGGUUUUUCAAGGUACACUGCAGAAUAAAUGUGUAUUUUGUUUGUAAAAUAUUUGUAUUAUUUACCACGUUUUAAGAAGAUAAAUUAGAUUUAUAAUUAAUUAAUACAUCCG